AUGCCCGGAUGGCGUGAUUUUCUUCGCCCAUCGGCCUCCGACCGGGAGCAACGGGAACUGGGCGGGGUGACCAAGCCGCUGAGAUCGAGCGCGGGGGAUACGGCAUUCCGGGAGCGCAUGGAGGGCAAGGGUUCUCCUGAUUGGCUCUGGGAGGUUCAGCUCCAUGGGCGGUUCUUGCAGAAGCCCAACGGCCCCGUGUGGCUGAGGGCCGAGCUGCGGGACAGCCCCAUGCAGCUGGGCCUGGUGUCGCGGGCCCUGUGCACGGACCCCAGAGAAUGCCCGUGGGCAUGGGUCGCGGGAUCUUGA